AUGGCCACCACCACCAUUCGCCAGUACACCACCUCCAGCUCCAUCAAGGGCUCUUCUGGCCUCGGCGGGGGCUCCUCCCGAGCCUCCUGCCGGGCCCCGGGCAGCUUUGGUUCUGUCUCCUCCUCUAGGCUGGUGUCAGGAGGGGGUCUGGGGGGAGGCUAUGGAGGCAGCUGCUACUCAAGUGGGUACAGCUUCAGCAGCGGGAUGGGGGGCAGCUAUGGAGGCAGCUUCGGGAGUGUGGAUGGCCUCCUGGCUGGUGGGGAGAAGGCCACCAUGCAGAACCUCAAUGACCGCUUGGCUAGCUACCUGGACAAGGUGCGUGCCCUGGAGGAGGCCAACACCGACCUGGAGCUGAAGAUCCGGGACUGGUACCAGAAGCAGGCGCCUGGGCCUGCCCGGGACUACAGCGCCUACCAUCAGACCAUCGAGGACUUGAAGAACAAGAUCCUCACAGCCACUGUGGACAAUGCCAACAUCCUUCUGCAGAUUGACAAUGCCCGCCUGGCUGCUGAUGACUUCAGGACAAAGUAUGAGACAGAGCUGGCCCUUCGUACCAGCGUGGAGGCUGAUAUCAAUGGCCUGCGGAGGGUGCUGGAUGAGUUGACCCUGGCCAGGGCUGACCUAGAAAUGCAGAUUGAAAAUCUGAAGGAGGAGCUGGCCUACCUGAAGAAGAACCAUGAUGAGGAGAUGAAUGCCCUUAGAGGCCAGGUGGGUGGUGAGAUCAACGUGGAGAUGGAUGCAGCACCUGGUGUGGACCUGAGUCGAACCCUAUCUGAGAUGCGAGACCAGUAUGAGAAGAUAGCAGAGAAGAACCGCAAGGAUGCUGAGGACUGGUUCUUCAGCAAGACUGAAGAGCUGAACCGAGAAGUAGCUACCAACAGUGAGCUCCUACAGAGUGGCAAGAGUGAGAUCUCUGAGCUCCGUCGCAGUGUCCAGGCCCUGGAGAUUGAGCUGCAGUCUCAACUCAGCAUGAAAGCCUCCCUGGAGGGUAGCCUGGCUGAGACAGAAAGCCGUUACUGUGUCCAGCUGUCCCAGAUCCAGGGGCUCAUCAGCAGUGUCGAGGAGCAGCUGGCUCAGCUUCGCUGUGAGAUGGAACAGCAGAACCAAGAGUACAAGAUCCUCCUGGACGUGAAGACCCGGCUGGAGCAGGAGAUCACCACCUACCGCCGCCUGCUGGAGGGAGAGGAUGCCCACCUGUCUCAGUACAAGCCCAAAGAACCUGUGACCACUCGCCAGGUUCGCACCAUUGUGGAGGAGGUGCAGGAUGGCAAGGUCAUCUCUUCCCGGGAGCAGGUCCACCAAUCCACCCGCUAA